AGAAAGAGGUUAGCGUGUCGUCUUUAUCCAAAAUUCAAGCCUUCACUUUGAUUCGAUUGAUACCAAAAAACAACAAUAAAAAAGUCUAUAAAUCUAAAACAGAAACUAAAACCAAAAUAAAAAAUUCAGAUGGGAAAAUCAACUUCUUUCAAGAGCACUUUUUCAUUCGAACAAAGAUGCCAAGAAUCACAAGAUAUAAUUGCCAGAUAUCCCGAUCGUCUACCUGUGGUAGUGGAAAGAUAUACAAAAACUGACUUACCUGAGAUGGAUAAGAAAAAAUAUUUGGUGCCCCGAGAUAUGUCAAUCGGGCAAUUUAUUCACAUACUUAGUGGGAGGCUUCAUCUGGCUCCUGGAAAAGCUCUAUUCAUAUUUGUGCAGAAUACAUUACCUCAAACAUCUAGCUUGAUAGACAGCGUUUAUGAAUCAUUUAAGGAUGAUGAUGGUUUCUUAUACAUGUGCUACAGCAGUGAGAAAACCUUUGGUGGCAUCAUGAAUUAACUCUAAUUUGUAUUGUUUUUUCGUGCAUCUGCUGUUAAUCUGCACUUUUUAUUGAUGUAAAGUGAAAUAAUCAACUGUUAUUACAAAUACUGUGUUUCUGUA